AUGUCAAAGCGUGGACGGCAGACGGAGGCUCCGAGGGCAAUUUUUGCUGCCGAGGACGAUGAUGGCCAUGCUAAACCUAUCACCAUCGCAUGUUCAUCGAAGACGGUACAAUUUGCGAACCACAUGAUCCUUAGUUCACAAAUGGAGCUGUUGGAGAUUGAGGAGCUGCCGAAAAGGCUCAUUCGGGAGGAAGCUGGACGUGCCUUCCGUCUCCAGGCAUCAGAUAAGCAGGCUGCCGAACGGCAAGUUAAAGCUUCAGAGGCCAAAUUGGCAGAGAUGAGGGCAGCUCUGGACGCUGCGAUGACGGCGGUGAAAGACGUUGUUGAGGUGAAAGAGGCUGUGCAAACGGCCUUGGAGGAGUCCGAGAGGGCCAAGACAGCAGAAAUUGAUGCUGCCGUUCGGGAGGCGAUCAGGGGCUACCGUUCGUCUGAAGAGUUCACUGUCCUGCUCGACAAUUAA